AUGGGGAUUAUGUGCAGAUCACUCUGGGCCUUCCUGUUACUGUCGCUCGUCGUGGUCCAACUGUCCCUUCCGGUUUCUGCCACGGAUGGCAUCUUCAGGAUUAAUCUGAAGAAGAGGCAGCUGGACCGGGACAGCCGGAUCGCUCUUCGGAUGGCCUCUGAAGAUAGUGAGUCUGGCAGAGCUUCUUUGCGAAAGUUCAGAUUCCGUAACAGCAUCGCAGAUGUGUCAGAAACCGAUAUCAUACCCCUGAAGAACUACAUGGACGCGCAGUACUUCGGGGAGAUCGGCAUCGGCACGCCGCCGCAGAAGUUCACCGUCAUUUUCGACACUGGUAGUUCCAACUUGUGGGUUCCCUCUUCCAAGUGCUACUUCUCGGUGAGUUAAAAGCCUGAAUGAUGUGCAUUCGUAUUGCUGUGCAGCUGCUUUCGUUUCAAUGAUGAUAAAUCAAGAUUAUUCACUUCUGCGCGCCGUAAAAAUAUGUUGGGCCAAUGUUUUCUCUUCUGUUGCUUUUGCCUAUCGAUUUCUUACAAUAUUUCGUCGUGACCACAGGUCGCAUGCUACUUCCACUCCAAAUACAAGGCAGGCCAGUCAAGGACUUACCAGAAAAAUGGUUCGAUCUCGCUUCCUAUUUCUAUGAUCACAUUUCCAGGGUUUCUGGUUGUUUAGAUUAUGUUUUAAAGUUGAACUUGUCAUUUGUUGUCGAGUAAUGAAUUUUCGUUUUUAUUCUCCGUGGUUUUACCAUGAUAGAUUAUUUUUUUUCUUCUUUUCUGAGGAAUUUAUUCUACUGUCUCAUCAAAAUUAUCUGAAAUUAUGUUCCUGUAAAGUAUCAUUCUGGGAAAAUGUCGAUAAUAGUUUCCGGCUUUUUGCAUAUUUUCAUUAUUCUUCAAGAGAGCAUAUUUAAUAACAUUGGCUUAAUCUGCUGUGCAGGUAAGUCUGCGGAAAUUCGUUAUGGAACCGGUGCAAUAUCUGGUUUCUUCAGUGAAGACUACACUACAGUUGGUGAUCUUGUCGUUAAAAACCAGGUAAGGAAGUAUUAUAUUAAUGUUUCAUGUUUGCCAGUUGCUAAUCAUCACUAUAAGCUGUACGGCUUUGUUUUCACCUCAUGACAUUUGUUGCAGGUUUUUAUUGAGGCUACCAAGGAAUCCAGCUUGACAUUCUUGGUGGCAAAAUUUGAUGGAAUAUUGGGACUUGGUUUCCAAGAAAUUUCUGUGGGGAAUGUGGUCCCUCUAUGGUGCGUUCCUUGCUCUCAAUUUCUAUCUGAUUGUGUUAUUCGAUUUUUAUUAUCCAACUGUGUUCUAUUAGUGUUUGUUUUAUAAUAUCUGACCUUCUCAAGAUUAGUAAUUUACUUUGAUGGAGCAGAAUGUAACCUACUAAUGGCUGCCAGGCACAUAACAUGACACCUAUUUUCUUUGUGUCUCCCGAAUGCUACCUCGCGUUCCUCUGCUUGGCAUGCUUCCGUGAAGUUGAAUAAUCAACUUUUUUUAUUCAAUUUCAUUUCGGAGCUUCCUUAAGUCUUAUCUUCAUCUAGAAAUAUCUCCAUUUGAGUGUAGAAGCUAAUGCCCCCUUUUUUUUCAGGUACAACAUGGUUGAACAAGGUCUUGUGAAGGAACCUGUUUUUUCAUUCUGGUUUAAUCGAAAUGCUGUGGAAGAUGAGGGUGGAGAACUGGUAUUCGGUGGUGCAGACCCCAGUCAUUACAAGGGAAAUCACACGUACGUGCCAGUCACUCUGAAAGGCUAUUGGCAGGUGAAGUUUCAGAAACAUAUGCGAUCAUUACCUCGUCUGACUGGAUAUUUUAGUUAUUUUAAUUUUGCCCAUUUUACUUCUUGCAGUUUGACAUGGGUAAUGUCCUGGUCGGUGGGCAAUCUACAGGUAUAUCAAAUGAUGAUUCCUUCAUUCCUUUAUGAUUUCCUCUUUGUUGGAUCUACUGUCGUACUGAUUUGAUAUCUUUUGAUCUUUUUGAUCUCAGGGGUCUGCUCUGACGGCUGUGCAGCCAUUGCUGAUUCUGGAACGUCCUUAAUCGCGGGUCCAACGGUAUGUGUAUCAUGUUUAUCUUGCAUCUUGCAGCGGAAGACUAAUAACUUCGGUUUGUGUUUGGUUGGGGAUGAUCUGCCGGUUAAGGAAUGCCAGUCCUGGGCAGAUAGCUCUCAUCGUUUUUUUUUCUUAUAAUUCGUAGAGAUCGAGUCGGAUCUCUUCUGAUUUGCUCCAAUUCUCUUCAUCUGAUUGUCUACAAAACUGGGCCUCCAGCAUGGUCUGUUGACAUCUUCUGCGUGCUUCCGUAGGGUCUCUUAUCUGAAUGAUUAUUCAUGCAGGCAACAAUAACCGAGAUCAAUCACGCCAUCGGGGCCAGUGGAGUAGUUAGUCAGGAGUGCAAGACUGUUGUUCAGCAGUAUGGCCAAACGAUAUUGGCCUUGUUACUAGCGGAGGUACUUCCCUUGUUUAAUCCAAUGUUCUUGAAGCUGCCCUCGUGGGAUGAUAACUGGUUGACCCUGGAUUCAUAUGCAGACGCAGCCAAAGAAAAUAUGCUCUCAGAUUGGUCUCUGUACCUUUGACGGAGCCAGGGGCGUCAGGUUUGUCCGUUGACCUUCGCCUCUCAUCAUCUUCCUCUCUGGGGGGGGAGGGGGGGGGGGAGAUCUAGUCCUGAUGGAGGAUCUUGCCGGGCCUUUCCUCUCUGCAGCAUGGACAUCAAGAGCGUGGUCGACGCUAAAGAGGAGAAGUCUUCUGGGAGCUUGGGAGAUGGCAUGUGCUCCGCAUGUGAGAUGGCUGUUGUUUGGAUGCAGAAUCAACUCAGACAGAACCUAACUCAGGAGCGGAUCUUGGACUAUGCCAAUCAGGUGAAAUAAUCUGUUGUUUAUGGUUUCCAUCGUCAGGUUGACAUCUCCUCGCUCGUUUACAACCCAUCCUAAUUCCUGGGGCUUCGUGCAGCUAUGCGAAAAGCUCCCUAGUCCCAUGGGAGAAUCAUCUGUCGACUGUGCAAGUCUCGAGUCUAUGCCCAGUGUUUCCUUCACCAUUGGGGGCAAGGAGUUCUCUCUCACACCAGAGCAGGUCUUAUGCUGCAUCCAUCACUUAAUUUCGUUUUCUUCUAUCUAUGUUCUUUAUCAAGCUUACGCGUUAUUCAAAAGCAGAAUAAUAUUUGAUCAGGGUUAGUUCUUGAAUGCACAAAAAUAUAAAAAAUUAUUAACCACCUCGUCUGUUUCCUUCUCUCCUUCCUUCCUCUCUCUCUCUCUAAUCACUAAUCUUCUUCUUCUUCCUGGUGGAACAGUAUAUUCUCAAGGUCGGCGAUGGGCCUGCCGCACAGUGCAUCAGCGGAUUUACUGCCCUGGAUGUUGCUCCCCCUCGUGGCCCUCUCUGGUACUUGCCCAAUCCGCUCAUCUCUCCGCCCAAUUCUUCCGCAUCUUCCAACUGGGUUUCCACCAGCUGCAUCAUAUGCUCGAACAACUCCUGACCCAGUUCCUUUUUUCUCUUCUUUUUUUCUGCUGCCUGUUUCUUCGUGUUCCAAGGAUCUUGGGCGAUGUCUUCAUGGGAGUCUACCACACGGUGUUCGAUUAUGGCAACCUGCGCGUCGGUUUCGCCGAAGCAGCAUGA